AUGGCGUCCGCCGUGCGGCUGUUGCGGCAUCGCUCUCGCGAAGCUGACUCCGCAAUUCGCCGAUUAACUUCCAACUACACGUCUGCUCGCGCCAAUACCACAGGAGCCACACCCUCCUUUCCCCACACCCGCCGUUCGUCCCCCCCUCCAUCAGCGAUCGGCGCAGCAUGUCCGCUUGCACCCGCCCCGUGCGCCGAUCCUUCCGCCUCAUCCGCCCCAACCCCUCCUCGCCCUCUUCCGCUUCUUCCGCUUUCGUCGUCUCCGCAAUCCGCCCCAACUUUCCACAGCUCCACCAUGCCUGCUUUCACCGCGGGCGGGGCGGAAGAUCCGCGGAGACCGCAGUUUCUGGGCAACACGCGGGGAACGGGGGGAGGUGGGGGAAAUGGAAAAAGCGGAGGAUCGGGGGGCGAGCGCUGGGGGAACCGCCGCGGAGGGGCGUGGGCGGGCGCAGGCGGAGCUAUUUUUGCUGGGGUGGCGGCAAUGGGGGUAGCUUGGGGGGAGGCGCGGAGCAGCAACGGGGAAAGGGCAGAGGAGAAGGGGAAGAGAGGGGAAGAAGGAGGAGUAGGGGAAGAGGGGGAGGAGGAGGAAGGGGAGCUUGUAUCGAAUUGGAGUGGUACGCAUGAGGUUAGGGCGGCUGUGGUGUACCGACCAGAGUCCAUGCAGGAUUUGGAGCGGGUCGUUCGAUCAGCCCACAAGGAGGGUCACACUAUCCGCCCUGUAGGCAGCGCCAUCUCCCCCAACGGCAUUGGGCUGAGCGCCCACGGCAUGGUCAAUCUAGCCUUGAUGGACCGAGUGGUGCAUGUGGAUAAGAGCAUGGGGAGGGUGCGCGUGCAGGCAGGGGCGCGCGUGGAGCAGGUGGUGGAAGCAUUGAGGCCGCAUGGAUUGACUCUGCAGAAUUACGCCUCUGUGCGGGAGCAGCAGAUCGGCGGGUUCAUUCAGGUGGGAGCACACGGCACAGGGGCUGCCAUCCCCCCAGUGGACGAGCAAGUCGUGGCCAUUAAGCUCGUGACACCUGGCAAGGGCACCCUCCACCUGACGCCCAAAGCUGACCCGGACCUGUUCUACCUGGCUCGGUGCGGGCUCGGAACACUAGGGGUGGUGGGGGAGGUGGAGCUGCAGGCAGUGCCGGCUCACAGACUGAGAGAAGAGACGUUUGUUAGCACCAAGGAGGAAAUCAAGCGGCACCAUGGCCAGUGGUUGCAGGAGUACCAGCACGUGCGCUACAUGUGGAUUCCACACACACAGGCAGUCGUGGUGGUCAGGAGCAACCCCAUCCAGGACACCACCAGUGGGGGACCAGCAGUGCAAGGAGAAAGGGUGCAAGGCAAGGGAUCUGCCAGUGGGGGAUCAGCGUUGAGUGAGGAUGAGAAGCUCGCUCACGUGCGAGCUCUGUACCUCGCAUCGGUUGUUGCGAGAAGAAGCUCCAAACCUUCGCGGUCCCAACCCCACCCACCCUCGUCGUCAUCCCCCUUCUCCCCCUCCUCUGCCUCCUCCUCUCCUACCACCGAAGCAGCUGCUGGCAUGUGGUCCGGCACAGGUUCGGCCGAGCCUGCGCCGCCGAGCCAGCGCUUCCUAACAGAUGCUGAGCUUCGGGAGCUGUCUUUUACGAGGCUGAGGGACGAGCUGCUGGCGCUAGAUCCAUUGAAUCUGGAUCAUGUGCGGGCGAUUAAUCAGGCAGAGGCUCUGUACUGGAAGCUGAGUGAAGGGGAGAGGGAAGGAUGGAGCGACCAGAUACUAGGCUUUGACUGUGGUGGGCAGCAGUGGGUGUCUGAAGUAUGCUUCAAGGCAGGCGGAAGCAGCAGCACCACCACCACCAGCACCACCACCACCAGCACUACCGCCAGCAGCAGCAGCAGCAGCAGUAGCAGCACGGCGGACAUAGCGUUUAUGGAAGAGCUAUUGGCGCUGAUCGAAUCAGAGGGUAUCCCCGCCCCGGCGCCCAUAGAGCAGCGUUGGACCAGCGGCAGUCGCAGCCCUCUCAGCCCCACUUCCGGUGCUUAUAACGCUGCUGCUGCUGCAGGUUCGGCAGCAGGUUCGGCAGCAGGUUCGGCGGCAGAUGGAAGAGCGGCGCUCGAUGAUGUGUACUCAUGGGUAUGUGGCACUGUUGCUGACAUUGAUUCAUGCAAGUGGCUGAAGAGUACUAUGUUCUGA